CAUUAUGCCUAUCAAAAAUGUGUUUUCACUCUUAGUGGUUCUAUGCAUCAUAGUUUCUGUAAAUGCUCAGUUACCUCAGUUUCCGGCUCCGUUUCUUUUUCCAUUUUCGUUUCAACCGAUUCCUGGAAUGCCAGGAUUACCUGAUAUAACGAAAUGUUGGUCAUCCGUGAUGGAUAUUCCUGAAUGCAUUGCAGAGAUUUCUCAAUCCAUUUUUAUUGGCAAAUUCAGUAAUUUAGGUUCUGCUUGUUGCAAAGCAUUUUUGGACGCUGAAGCCAACUGCAUACCAAAAAUUCCACUUAUUCCGCUUUUCCCUCCGAUGCUAAAAGAACAAUGUUCAAGAAUUGCCGGUGUAACUCCUCCUACACCGAAAUAG